AUGGGCAGCAUCUCACCUGAGGAAGCGAAGCUGAGCUUCAAGAUGCCAUGGGUUGAGACUCCCCUUGUGGAAUCCGCCUGUCUGUCUCGUGCGGCAGGCUGUAGAAUCUUCUUGAAACUCGAGAACAUUCAGCCCAGCGGAUCCUUCAAAUCCCGUGCAAUGGGCAACCAGAUCCUCUCGCACCUCGUCAAGCCGGAAAACGCUGGCCGGCCGGUGCAUUUCUAUGCUUCCUCGGGGGGCAAUGCCGGCCUUGCUGCGGUCUGUGCUGCCCGGAGCUUGGGUUAUCCUUGCACCGUGGUCGUGCCUGUCUCGACGAAGCCCUUGAUGGUGAACAAACUGCGUGCGGCGGGCGCUUCGGACGUUAUCCAGUACGGCGAGACAUUCUCUGAAGCUGGGGAGUACAUGCGCGAGGUGAUUAUGAAGGCAGAUGGCGAAGACGCCGGGAAAGAUGUGGUCAAGAUUGCCCUCCAUCCGUUCGACAAUGAGCCCAUCUGGGAGGGGAACAGCACGAUCAUCGAUGAGCUCGCUGCUCAGCUGCCGCCCGUAACAACCAGAGAAGAAGCUAUCGCCUACAAUGGUCGACCUUUGCCACUGGACGCGGUGAUCUGCAGUGUUGGCGGCGGCGGACUGCUUAAUGGUCUGAUCAUGGGCCUAGAGCGACGGAGACAUCUACAAAAUCAGAGCUCACACUACAGCAACGGCAUCACAUCCUCUCAACCAGACCCCAUCCACAUACUCGCCGUCGAAACCCAAGGCACAGACUCCCUUGCCCUCGCUGUCGCCCAGAAAUCCCUCAUCUCCCUCCCGAAGAUCACAUCCCAAGCUACCUCGCUGGGCGCCAUCCGCGUCUCAGAACGUACAUUCAAAUACGCCAUCUCCCCUCCACCUGGCAUUGCUGUGCACACUGCUGUCCUCUCAGAUGCCGAUGCCGCUCGAGGCGUGCUGCGUCUCGCGGAUGAUGAAAGACUACUGGUGGAGUUGGCAUGCGGUGUCUGCGUCGAGGCAGCCAUCGGCGAUGCGGCCAAGGCACGCGCCUCGGGAUCAGCAAGCACACAUCUGGCAGCCGAGCAGGCAGGCCUGGCAGGGAAGAAGCGGAAGAGGACACAGACGGAGUUCCCCCAGCGGGAUGAAGGGUACGGCGAUGACCGACUGUCGUCCGGAGAAACCGAAACGGAGUCGGAAGAGACAGGCAGCCAGCCUCAAGCACAUCCUACCGAAAAUACGCCGUCGCCGUCUCUGUCGCCGUCGCACGAGUUCCAAUCCAAACUGAUGCAAUUGGUCCCUAACCUGCAACCGGAUAGUCGAGUGGUGAUCAUCGUCUGCGGAGGCAGCAAUGUCACCAUCGACAUGGCGGCAGAGUGGAGAAAGAUGUUGCAGGAGGGCUGGGGUGCCUAA